GGGCUGGUUUGAACGCGGCCGGGCGGUUGUGGCCGGCGUCCCCUUCGCUCGUGAGGGAGGGCGCAGCAAGACGCAUGUCGUAGCAGCGCCCGCGCCGCCUGCCUGGGUGAAGACAGCGCGCGGGCGGGCGUGUUUUUCUUCCCUCUCUCUCUCUCUCUCUCUCUUCGCCCACCCGCCUCCUGCUUUUCCUCCCGCUCCUCCCCUGCGUUGCCUGGUCACAAGGGCCGAAGAAACGACGGUUGUGUAGCAAUGGAGGAAGCGGCGGGGGGUUAAGCAGAGACAAGAAGACGCCCGGGGUGAGGGGGUGAGGGGGUGGGGUGGGGGGCGCUCCCCUUCGCCCUUGGCGGCGGGGGCUGCUUUCCCGCGCGCCUCCUUUCUUUGCCCGCCCCUGCCUCGCAUGGCUUUCAUGAUGAUGAAGAAGAAGAAGUUCAAAUUCCGCGUGGAGCUGGAACUGGACGAGCUCUCCUCGGUGCCCUUCGUCAACGGGAUCCUCUUCUGCAAGGUGCGGCUGCUGGACGGCGGGAGCUUCAGCGGAGAGUCCUCCAGGGAAGUGGUGCAAGCAAACUGUGUUCAUUGGAAGAAGAGGUUUUCAUUUAUAUGUAAAAUAAGCGCAAGUGCCACAACAGGGAUUCUGGAUCCCUGCAUCUGCAGAGUCUCUGUACGAAAGGAAUUAAAAGGAGGGAAAACUUACGCAAAGUUGGGUUUUGCAGAUCUUAACCUGGCAGAGUUUGCUGGAUCAGGAAACACCACUCGCCGCUGCUUACUGGAAGGUUAUGAUACCAAAAACACAAGGCAGGACAAUUCAAUUCUCAAGAUCUUAAUCAGCAUGCAGCUAAUGUCUGGAGACCCUUGCUUUAAAACACCUCCAUCUACAGCAAUGUCUAUACCAAUUGCUGGAGAAUCAGAAUCCCUGCAUGAAGACAGAAAAGGUGCAGAGAACACUAAAGGAUCACAUUUGACUGUAUCAGAUUUUACAAACAAGAGCAUCUCAGCCCCAGAUGAACUUGGAGCAUGUGGACAUUCUAGGACUUCUAGUUAUGCAAGCCAACAAUCCAAAGUAUCAGGAUACAGUACUGAACAUUCCAGAUCAUCCAGUUUCUCUGAUCUCUGUCAUAAAAGAAAUACCUCUGUGGGAAGCACAUCAACUGGUAUAAGUAGUAUUCUAGAGCCAUGUGAAGAGGCUGAAUCCAGAAGCUCUGAGGAUAAUCUGAAAGCUACAAUGAAAGAUGCACUCUCAGAAAAUACAAACAGGCUACCAGUAAAACAGGAUUCUGUGGAAUCACAGCUGAAGAGGGUUGAUGCAACAAGAGUUGAUGCAGAUGAUAUUGUUGAAAAAAUACUGCAGACUCAAGACUUCAGUUUGGACUCAAGUGCAGAAGAAGAAGGGCUAAGACUUUUUGUAGGUCCUGGAGGGAGCACUGCCUUUGGAAGUCAUCACUUACCUAAUAGAGUGGGAUCUGGAGCUUAUGAACAAGUAGUUAUAAAACGCUAGAAGAACUGGACUAAGUUGAUGGAUUUCCAGAAUUUAUUUCUCAAUAUUAUGAAGGAUGAAAUCUUCUGAAAGUUGGCAUACACUGGUAUGCCUGUUUAGAUACUUUAUAUUGAAAAUAGCUUCUUCUGAAACCAUUUAUAAGGGCAAUUUCCCACCUUUUAGCAUACUGCUAAUUUGUUGGCAGAUUUGUUGAUGGAGUUGUUGUAUUGUUCCAUAUGUAAACCAAAUUGGGGUGGGGUUUUUUUGGAAAGAGGAAAAAAUCUAUAAAAUUGAACAUAUAUGAAAUCAGUUGUCUGUAAAUGGAAGACCUUCAGUAAUGUUUUCUAUAGGCAAAUCAGAAUAGGAAAUAGAAAGUACUCAUUCAAGGAAGUGUUUUGAGAAAGUAUUACUUUUAUAAACAUGUAGUUUUAAAAUAUGACAUGCAUUUCAGUAAUGUAUUUUGUUAUCACUUGAAAAUGAGUGACUAGCCCUAAAUAGGAUACGCAUAUUUUAUUACUGUUGAAUAUGCUCAGAGCCAAACAAGUGUGCUGUACGUAUUCUUAAAACUGACAAAGUAUAAGGUUGUAUUGACUGACAUUUAGUCUAUACCUAAAUCAUCAUCACAGGAUUGAAUGAGAACUUGAGCUCACAAGGUAAUUUGCAGAGAAAACUUGGAAAAUAUCAUUUGAGAGUGAAAUACUUGUCAGAUGCAGCAUCACCUGUGCAAACGCUUACAUGGAUGAAUGCUUUGUUCCUAGCGCUGUCCAGUAUUAAAUCACUUUUUUCCAUGCCUUCUUAAAUAGAAGUUAUUUCAAUUAGACUUACACAGAAGAAAUAUCCUGGCAGAACUGUGAUGUGUAAACAUUUGUAUAAACAAAACAAUAUAAUUUGCCUAUGCAACAAUUUCAACAAAGCAUUAUCUGACAGCAGAAACAUCACUGUUACUUUUACUUUUUUUGCUUAAUGGUAUGAAAACUACCAAUAAUCUUGAAUUGUAUCAAUAGUUUAGUAGCUGGUCUCAUAUAUUUAAAAAAUAGAAAUUGAUACACCUUUAAAAAUAACUUUUAAUAAGCUAAUUAUACUAUCUUAUUUCAUGUCUUAUUUGUACUGUUUUCAUGAUAUCACUGAUUCUUUUUGAAAAGAGUAUGAAUUUUUAGUUAAAUGAAGGAUUUCUAAUGUUUGAAAUACUGUUUUUUUUAUAAAUAUAGCUUUUUUGCUGAAAUCACAUGCGUGAACUUUUAAAAUAAUAUUUCUUUACUAUGGUACCCAACAGUGUUCUAUUAUGUUUCAACUUAUUCUAACUUGACUUUAAGUAGGUUUUUAAAGCUGCUGUUAAAAUAAUGGAAAGGGAAUGCACAAGGUUUAUUUUGAAAUAUACUUUAGUUUACUUUGAACUUUCUAGCAGUGUGGUUAACUAAAAUGAAUCUAAGAUAGUGCUUGAAUUUAUUGAUGAAGGAUCUUAGUCCUGGAAAAUAACUGAAUUAGAGAAAUAGCAAAUUGGUAUGAGAAUGCACAGGUUAAAAUAAAUUAUAGGAUCACUUACAGUAUUCAUAAUGAGAAAUUAUCACUUUCACUAAAUAUUCCAUGGUGAAUAUAAUUUGUACGAUAAAAUGCAAUAUUAGUCCAUAUAGAGAUACCCAGUUUUGUUCCUUUUAAAACUAGUACAGAGGGGAUUUCUCUCUCGGCAUUCAACAUGUUGGUGGUAGGUCUUCUUAUUCUAUAUGCUCAUUCUAUGUAUUAAUUCUUCUGUGUAAAGUUUGAACAAAUAUCAUGCACUUUUAUUAAUUGUAUUAUUUUAAUGAAGUGAUUCCAGUAUCAUCUGAGACAUGGGAAAUGAUCUUCAUAUUUAUAUGGCAUUAAACUUGCGUAAACUGUAUACUGACAUGCUGUUUUUUUUAUUAAAAUCAAAAUUUUUAUCAUAAAAUACUUCAUUGUAAAGUGAACUUACAAAUUCAA